UGAUUGUAGGAUCACCGAGACCACAGCACCAUGUGGCUUUUCUUUAUAGUAUCAGUUCUACUGGCACUUGUAACGAUAGAACUUUACUAUCGAUUCGGAAAAGCUGGAAGACUUAUUAGGAAAAUACCCGGACCAAAACCUUGGCCUUUAGUUGGGAAUAUACUAAGUUACUUUCAAACGCCAGAAAAGCUGUUUAUUUAUCAACGAUACUUAAAUAAACAUUACGGAGAUGUUAAUCAGAUUCAUCUUUCAUUAGCUAUUCGGAUGGUGAAUAUCAGCAAUCCACAGGAUAUUGAGAUAGUUCUAUCUGGAUCUGAGCACAAUUACAAAGAUCAUCCAUACAUCUACCUUAUGAACUGGCUUCGAGAGGGGCUGUUGGUCAGCAAUGGUAUAAAAUGGUUUCAAAGAAGAAAAAUGUUAACAAAAGCAUUCCAUUUUAACAUCCUACAAAAAUAUUUCGUGACCUUUAAAGAAGAGGCUGAACAUUUUCAGAAGGUCGUGCAGGAAGAGGUUCGGAAACAACAAACGAAUUUACUUCCUUUCUUGAGUUCUACGACUCUACGGAUCAUGUGUGAAACAGCAAUGGGGUCCACACAUGAAAAUAUGCAAUCGUUGAUGAGCAAAUAUUUCUCAUCAUUAGAAGACAUAGGUGAUUGUUUCACGAAAAGAAUAGUGGCACCAUGGUUGCACUUAGAGCCUAUUUACCAGCUCACUAGCCUGGCAAAAAAAGAAAAUAUUGCUGUGAAAUAUUUACACGGCUUAACUAAUAGUGUUGUAAAAAGUAGGCGGAACUUUUUGGCUGAGAGGAACUUCAAUCAAUUCGACAACGAUGGCGAGUGCAAUAAUAAAGAAAAGUUAGCAAUGUUGGAUCUGCUUCUCAAAAAUGAAAAAUCUGGACUCAUAGACCACGAAGGCAUCCGAGAAGAAGUAGACACAUUUAUGUUCGCGGGUCACGACACGACCGCAACCGCUAUGACUUUCAUGUUAAUGACUUUAGCUAAUGAACCAAUAAUCCAAGAUAAAAUUUAUGCGGAGAUUUGUGAAAUUUUUGGUGAAACAGAUCGAGCAGUGACAACAGAGGAUUUGAACCUAAUGAAAUAUCUAGAAUGUUGUAUCAAGGAAUCAUUGAGGUUGCAUCCGAGCGCACCUAUUAUUGCUAGAUACCUAAGACAAGACACAGUAUUAGGUGGCUACACAGUACCUGCGAAUACUACUUGUUUAAUCUACAUUUACGAUUUGCAUCGCCGUGCUGAUUUGUAUCCGGAACCCGAGCGUUUUAUUCCUGAAAGAUUUCUCCCAGAGAACUGUGCAAAGAGACAUCCUUUUGCCUAUGUACCGUUCAGCGCUGGACCCCGGAAUUGUAUAGGCCAGAAGUUUGCCAUGAUGGAGAUGAAGACAGUGAUGUGUGCACUACUCAGGAAGUUUCGCGUGGUGCCCGUGACCAAACCUUCAGAUCUCGUUUUCAAAUCUGAUGUUGUACUACGUACCGUACACCCGAUAUACGUUCAAUUUCGUGCGAGAUAGUA